AUUUCUUCAAACACUAGGUUCAAUUUCUUCACAUACUCUCUUCAAUUUGGGUAUUUUGUAUCAAUUUCUCACUUUUUCUCCCAAAAUCCUUCCAUUCUCAAUUUUCUCUCAAAAUGAGCGAAAUUGUCUCCGAUGUUCAUGUCGAUGCUCAAGAAGGGUUCAAGGCUUACGCCGACCCACAUAUCAUCGAGGGGAGAACCCUUAAACAAAAUGACAUACCCGUUGCCGUUCUUGAACUCAUUCAUGAACAAGGAUGGACUUUCUUUCUUCAACUCCACGCCCCCGUUUACCCGGAACUUGUUCAUCAAUUUUAUUCCUCAUUAAGAUACCAUAAGCAAGACCCUUCCAUUACCGCUGUUGUUGCCGGCAAAACGUUCGGAUUCAACACCCAAAACCUUUCCGAGUGGUUCCACCUAGAGCGUCAAGGAGUCUCCUCUUAUUGUAAAAAGGGGUGGAUUUCUGACUCACAAGACUUCAACGCAGAUUUUUGCCUACGUGUUCUCAACAAUAUUGCUCUUGACCAUGUCUUUGAGGACCCAGACUAUUUCCUUCGUCGGCCCAACAUCCAAGACUUGACCGCAAAUCGUUUCAUUCUUCUCAAAAUCCUCAAGGAAAAUGUCAUCCCCGUCCUUAACAAAGAUAAACAAGUUGGGAUUUAUGAGUGUACUCUUCUUUACCUCCUCCUCACUCACAAGAAAAUCAAUCUCUCAUCCAUCAUCAUCCAACACAUUUACGAGAGCUCGGGUCGCCAAAACAAACCCUAUGGCAUGCUUCUUACCCACAUCUUUGCCAAGAGGGAAAUUCUUGAAGUGCGCCCGUCUCGCGUCCGCUAUCUUGAUGCGGAGUGCCUUGGGUAUUGUGGCCUCGUAAAGAUCGGAGAGGAAUACUACAUGAAGAAAGAAUUCCAAAAGCUUGAUGCGGCGACACGAGCGGAGUAUGGCCCUCGACGAUCUAUGUCAUCUUUGCCUUCCACUUCACGAGCACCCCAAGACGAAGCCGAAGAAAAUGCCAACACGGAAGUCCCCAUUCUUGCUCCUCGGGUCAAACGCUCAAAGUCAGCGUCUCAUGCUUCCUCGGCCUCUCUCAUGCAUCGUCAUUCUCACAUGGCUUCAACUUCCAAAAAUCCCUUCAAGAAGUUCAAUAAAUUCAUCCUCAAGACCGUAGUGGCUCCGAUGAAGAAACUUCAGGAAAGCCUCAUGACCUCUCGGAUCGGAUAAAGAAGAUGGAGGACCGUGAGAAUCGCGAAAAGCAAAAUGAGGAUCGUGCUUCUAGACGUCGUCACUAAGUGUUGGGCAUUUGACAAAAUGAUCAAACAUUCUCUUAUUUAUGUUUUGAAAAAAAUUAUUUUGUUUUAU